AUGAGACCGCCGUCGUACAAUAAUGAACAAGUAUCCCAGGAGCAAGGGGAGAGAAACGUGGCGAUGGCCGUUUGCGUGCAGUUGGCGGGCCGGGCGAUAAUCAGGGUGGUAUCCCGUUGCGAGGAGGCGCAGGACAAUUGUAACCUCGAUCUAUCAGAAUGCCAGUUAAUGCAGGUACCCGAUGCAGUUUAUCAUUUAAUGAGACACACGGAACUGAAAAGGUGCGAUCUAUCCGGGAAUGUGAUAACAAAGAUUCCACCAAAGUUUGCUGUAAAAUUUUCACUUAUCACAGAACUGAAUCUGAGUCACAAUCAAAUGAGCAAGUUGCCAGAGGAACUUUCUGAACUGCAAGCCCUAGAGAGGCUGAACAUUUCGCAUAAUACUUUCAUUGCUUUGCCACCAGUUACUUGCCGGAUACCACAGUUGAAGCAUCUUCAUGCCAAUAAUAACUCCAUCCUUGUUUCAGACAUAGAUGUCGAAAGAAUCAGGCACGCUCCUGUACUCGAAUUUAUCGAUCUGCAGGCGAAUCCGUUGACGCGCAGGAUGCACGAUCUUCUCGGCACCUUGACUGAAAUUCGAAUCGAAUUAACGCCCAGGCAAGUCGAGGACUGGGAAGAUCUUACUAUCUGAAACGGAUCCGUAGCUCAAGGAAUGCAAUCGAAUCUGCCAAAAGGGGGCCCGAUCAUUGAAUGUUCAUCCUAUGUGGACGUAGCUUGCUUCCAUUUAUCUUGACUGAGAUUGUUCAGGAGCUCGCGAAACGGAUCGCUGCGCAAUUUAGGAACAAAUAGCGAGUAUUUUGUACAGUGACAGUGUAUAUGACUGACCUAAAACGGGCGUGGCGACAACGUGGCAAGAACCACAUAGGCGACCAAGUAACACUUUGUGGGCCGAUGUUCCUCGAGUACUUAAUCAGCCGACUUACCGCGUACUUGAAACUUUUUUUUCAUUGAUCUCGUGAAUGAAUUUCGAUCGAUCGUCAUUACUCUUCUUUUGUACCGUGUGUUUU